AUGCCCGCAGCCAAUAUUCCACCAAUGGUCGCCACCUCAUCGCCUUCAGCUCUCGAGGUGAAUCUGCGUCGACUAAUGGCAAAGUGUGAUGCCAAGGUCCGCAGUUCUGACAAGAUUCUCCAGGGUUCAGACAGGACUAGAUACGCAACGAAUAUUAAGGUGUUAAAAGAAAUGUUGAUGGACCUGGAAGACGAACUUACGAAGAACGGCAAAGGAGAUAUCGACGCUCUAAUGGAAUAUGAGAAAAAAAUCGAGCAAUUGGCAAGCGUAGUGGACGGAUCAGCGCCGAUAGUAUCAGGCAACAAGGGCCUUGUGCAGGUGAGGAUGAUACCACCUGUAUCACAGACGCCUGACGCGUUGGCUCGCGGGAUCAACUCAGCUCCAAGGAGGAUAUCACAGCAUGUAUUGGAGCCCAGUCGCGAAGACCUCCAUGGUCAAUCAAGUCGCUCAAGCAAGGAACCGGACUUUUCAACACCAAAUAGAGCCGAUGAACUGUUGGGACUGCGAGAACGGAGAUCAGGAAAGGAUACCAGUCAGCAGCGACAGACGGAUGGCUUAAGGAUAUCGGACGCACGGGACCCCGCUCCUGACCAACGGCAGAUCGAAGCAGCCUUGCAGAAUGAUCGCACCCAACGUGAGGAGAUGGAGGAGGGAAUUUCCAGGUUGAUGCAGCAACUUCGACACAACGCCAUGGCGAUCCAACAAACUCUGACGGAUGAACAAAAAUCCGGGAUCCUAGAUGAUGCUGAUCAGGCGCUGGAUAACAACAUCUCGAGGCUGGGCAAGGAACGGACAAGACUUGAGCUAUACUCAAAGCAGAGCCGCAAAACCAAAUGGAUGAUUUGGGGCAUUGUCCUGGGCGUCAGUGUUAUGUUCGUAUUCAUGUUCUUCGUUAUCCGCAUCUUUUAG